UUGGUAUUACCUACAUUUUCAAAGAACUCUGUUAUCAUCCCUUCAGAGUUCAGUUUGUAUGUUGUUCGGAUGCUGUGCGAUUGUGAUUCUAUGGAGUUCUUAUUGCACUACAAGAAAAAUUUGGAAAUGAUAAGAAAAACACUGUGAAACUCAUGUGUUAACGGAAUUGAUGGACUCAAUACCGAAUGGCUGGGUUUAGCUGGUAUCUGUCUGAAGGCUUCCAAGUUAUAAUUGAGAAGUCUAAAGACAAGAAAUGCUCUCUAAAAGAUGUACAAUUACGUUUCUUGUGCCCUGAUGAUUUAGAAGAGGUUAGGUCUCUGUGCAGAGACUGGUUUCCUAUCGAAUACCCGCAGUCUUGGUAUGAAGACAUCACAUCCUCGGACAGGUUCUUCGCGCUCGCGGCAGUGUACAAGAACCAGAUCAUAGGUCUCAUUGUUGCCGAAAUAAAACCUUAUUUAAAACUGAAUGCCGAAGACAGAGGUAUCUUGUCGAGAUGGUUCGCUUCCAAGGAUACAUUAGUUGCUUAUAUAUUGUCAUUGGGAGUGGUGCGUUCGCACCGUCGUUCAGGGGUGGCAACGAUGCUGCUCGAUGUUCUGAUCAACCACCUGUCGGGGCCGGUGCCCCAGCCGCCGCACGAACAUCGAGUCAAGGCUAUAUUUCUGCACGUCCUCACGACCAACAACGAGGCUAUACUGUUUUAUGAACACAAAAGAUUCCUUCUACACUCGUUUCUUCCGUACUACUACUCGAUAAAGGGCCGUUGUAAAGACGGUUUCACAUACGUGUACUAUGUGAACGGGGGCCACGCGCCGUGGAGCCUCAUCGACUACAUGAAGUUCAUGGCUCGGACAGCGUGGAGGGGCGGAGGCCUAUAUCCGUGGCUGUGGGGGAAACUGAGAGCGGCGCUCACUAUAGCGUGGCACAGUUUUACGUCGUCUUCGAAUACUGUAAAAUUUAGGGGUGCGGUAUUUAAGCAGUAACGUUAUUCAAUUAGAAAACGAAAUGUUUGUACAGUAUUUUUUUUAGUUUUUUUUUUUAAUAUUCUAUUCUCACAAAUUAUGUUAUAGGUUAAUUAUUGUUCAAAAGAGGCAGAACAGGUUAAUGUCAUGAUAGAAUAGAGACAUGGUCCCAAUUAUCUAUAAAAUACGAAAAACAAUAAUGAUAUACAAUUAAUCUAUGCCAGAGAUUCCCAAACUGUUUUGGACAAGAGACCCCUUUUUCAAAAUGAACUGAUACCUCAGACCUCAUAUCCAAACUCCUUAACAAAUCCUAUAUCUAUUGAAAUACUUCCCAUCACUGUCUCAUCAAAACAAAAAAAAAACGGAUAUAAGAUUCAGUGAAUUAAAGUUAUAGUACAAAAAUGAUGCUUCCUACUAAAAUAUUGGUAAUUGUUAUUACGCGUUGAUACACGUAACACAACUUAUUACGGUAUUAACUUAACUCAGUAUCUUGAAAGUUUCUCAUAAGAACUCGUGUUAAUUAAUAGAGAUCGAUUUUUAGACCUCGACGACAUGCAAAAUUUGUUUAUGUCGACCCAUGGGAUACCGAAAUCGAACAGUAUGGGAAUCUAUAAUCUAUAAUUUUUUUUUAUUUAAUAUAUAGGUAUACUGAAGCGAAAUUACACAAUACAAGAAAAAUCAGUUUCUAAAAUAUAUAUAAAUCAACUCCUUAUUGAGAAAGAACUCUCUUGUUCCGCUAAACUACUGUUUCUAUUAAUAUCCUGAAAAUCCGGAACCGACAAGUCCUCCCUAUUACUUUAAAUUAUUGUACUCUAAAAAAAUGUCGAGGAAAGAAAGAAAAGUUAUCAUUUAUGAGAUAAAAUUAAAGAUUUCAAAUCAUAGCGGUUACAAUUGAAUCGAAUAGUGAUUUAAAACUAAUUCGGGGUUCCAUCCGUUUACUUACAAUCAAACCUUUUAUAAUUCGACUAUGUAUGUAAUAUAAUAAUAAAUUAACAUAAUUUAAUUUUAUUAUUCAUUUCAAUUAUGAUCAUGUACAUACCUUUCGUGCCUCUUUUGUCUGUUUGUAUUGUUAACCGACCUUAAAAAAAAACGAAGGAAGGUUUUAAUUCGUGACGUCGUUUUAUUCGUAAACUGUACUAGUGUCAACUCGGCUGACAUUACGAAAUGACAAAGUUAUAAUGUGAUAUUUUAUUUUUUGUUUUUAAUAUUAAAUACGAGGGCUUUAAAAUUUCAAUAGGUAACAAACGGAUGUGUGGUUUUCCACUUAACGAUCAUUGUCUAUAGGGUAUAUAAUUAAUAUUAUUUAUUUACCAUUUAAAGUGAACGAUGAUUAUUAAUUUUACUCUGUGUAGCAGAUUACCGCUGUUCAAUUGAAUAAUGAUCGUAGUAAUUAUCGUCCAAAGGUUAUAAAGCUAUAUGAAACGUUAUCCAUAGACAAAUAUAUUUUAAUUCUAUAUUUUAAAAACGAAAUGACAUUCUAGAUAAAUAUGACAAUAGUUUAAUGAAAAAUAAAUACUGCCUAGAACACUUCUCGGGUCUGGUCCGAAGAGUUCCAGGGUUCCAAGAAAUAGACAACAUGUACGAUAGAAUGGAGACGAUGUCUCCGUCUCAAAUAGUUAAGAGAAUUUUCUAUUGAAUUUUCAUUCCAUGGCUGUUCGGAAAUAUUCUAGAUUCUUCGAUGGGUAUAACCAACCUCUUUCGCUGUAUUGCUGGUCGUUUUCGAAAGAUCAUGAUUCAUAAACUAAAGAUGAUUCUAUGAAAAUUCACUAGCAUGGAUAUUCUCUAAAUUGAUAUCUAAAAUGAUAGUCUAAACGCGGAGACCAUACUAAAAGACAAAAAAAUUAACUAAACACAUGUACGUGUCGAACGAUUUUUGAUAAAAAUUCCUAGAUUCGGUCUUAUGCUUCUGAUAUUUACAUAUUACUUAUGUAUAAUGUAUUUGUUAUGUGAUUUUUAUGUUGACUCUUUGAUUAUUUUUUAUGUGACACUUUACCCUGCUUUCACUUAAUCUGUUCAGUCUACCUUUAGUUUCCUAUAAAAAUAACUUGUUACGAAGUAAGACUCUAUAUCUUAUUUCACUUAAAAGUAAUCAACAUCAAAAUAUCUAAAAUAAAUCAAAAAAUCACCAUGCACCAUGUUUGCACCAUGUUUUAACUAAAGAUGGCUAUGAAAGAUGCUGCCGUCCAACAGGAGAAUUUACCUUAUGUAUAUUUUUGUUUACGUUUGAUGGAUUUCGUCCUCCCACUAUCGGGACUAAGAAAGAUCGAUGUAGUGUGCAAUACGAUCACCGAUCUAGCCGAAAUCGGGAAGAUCGGGCCGAAAAAGGACGAAAAUCCCGAAGUAUCCUUUCCCUGCACCACUGUCGCUUUAGCUUAGACUUUCUCUGGUUACCGCGCAAAUAGCUCUUACAUAAACCAGGCGAAAAUGCACAAGAAACACCAAGCAUAAUUACCGCGGGCUCCACACUGGUCAAGCCCUACGAACCCCACCAGCGAAAUAUUCUUGAGCUGUAAACGCUUUCGCUUUCCGUUCUUGUCUGUUGUUUCGUAAUGCCUGUUCCACUCUUUCAAAUUCAUGUUUGCUACACGGCAGAUAUAGGCAGAUAUCUGUCACCAGUAAAUGCGAUUUAAGUGUCAGAGAUCGUCAAAUGAUUCAAAACCCUCCACAAAAAAAGAAAGCCUAAUUAACCACAGCAGUACUGUAUUUUAUUUUUUCAUAUUUCAAAAAAGACUGGGAAUUACUAAUUUAUCUCUGUGAAUUAUCUUUUUUCAUCAUCGAUAAACAAUUGAACCGGUUCAGUUUCUAGCCAAGAUUUCUUUGAAUAAAUCAACGUCGAUAAUGCUUAUUUAAUAACAAUAUAUGUAUAAUAUAUAUUUACAAAAAUGUUAAAAGAUUAAAGUUAUUCUCGAUCGUAUACAAAAUAAUGUAAGUGAUAAAGUAUAAAAAUAUUUUUGUCCUCUAAAAUAGUCCAGGGUGUACUGGAUUAUGCUUUCGAAGAAAAAUGUAGGUGACAGUUUGGUCGAAUACUGAAAGCGAUAAAAAAAGUCGUAAUUAAACUACAUUUACGGCUUAAUCUCACAUUUUUAUUGUCAUUAUAUUGUUUCUGAGAUUCCGAAUGCAUCACAGUUUUCGUAGUUACGGACGACUGCCAUCGUGAGGUUAAAUUAAACCGUAAAAGUAACUAUUUAUGUCAACGAAUAGAGCAAGCCGAAGAAAAUACUAAAAUAUUCGCGUAUUGAAAAUCUCCAGUCAUUAUCAGCUCUGAAAAUAAAAAUAGUUUUCCUUACAUUUUAAGGUAGUAGUAGAACAUAACUGUUUCGGUGUGCAUAGUGCCGUUUGCCGCUAGGGGCGCUGUUCCAACUACAUACGUUGAGUUAACUUUUACGUGAUCGAGAAGUGAAAAAACUCGCACUAAGCACACGAUUCCGAAAGCGGGCCCCUUACACCCUGUGUACUGAACUAUAUUGUACUAGUGCAUCUAAAUCGUGCCAUGAUUUACUGCCAAUGAAUUUAAAUAAAAUUAUAAGAUGUUCGUGUGUUCAGAGUAAUUUAAUAUAGAUUAAUGAAUGCCUUAACAGUGUACGUAGAGAUAAAUGAUUUUAUUGUAUUUUAUUUUUUCACAUAUCAUAAAGAAUGUUUCAAUCAAAUUUACGAAAUUUAUAUUGUGUAUUAAUAAAUUUAAAUAACGAGCUGUAUUGUUUACUACUGCGUCCAAACCGGCUAUUAGACAGCAUCAUAAAACGUGUGCCAUAUGUAUGUUUAUUUUCACAUUUAGACUUACUUAAAUACAUAUAGACUUUUGUUUCGUGGAUUCUUUUAAGCACUGACUUUUUUUGGAGUCGGUAAAGUUUACUUUGAAUAUUAAUAUCACAUGACAUCUAUAUUGAAACAAUUACAUUUGAAACGCAAAGAAAUCAGGUACUAAUCUAACAUUCUUUUGAGAUUUUGUGACAUUCUUGAGACGUCACAAAACAGUGUAGGCAAUACCGUCUUUACCAUAAGGGCACACGGGGCCCGUGCCCAGGGCCCCCAUUCUCAGGGGGCCCUAAGGACCGACAAUUUCCCUCACACAUUUAUUCGGUUUCCGUUAUCGUGAUCGUAACCAAAAAACCAGCAGCAUUCUAAUAUCAUUAAUGACAUAUUAUAUCAUACCGUAUUUGAUAUAUAAUAAAUGGUCAUACUCGGUAAAAAAAUGUUAUUAUAAUUCGCUCUUUUUACUUUCCAAAAGGGCCUCAAAUUCUUGUGUGCCCCAGGGCCCCAGCCUAAUUUAAGACGUCCCUGAGUGUAGGUAGUUAGAUACUGAAUCGCGACAUAUUUUAAUGGUUUUUUCUUUUAAAAACUACUUCUUAGACGUCACGUGAUUCUGACAGUUUUUUUUUAUUUAAUACAAUUUCAAAUAUGAUAAUGAACGUUCGUACGUACGUUCGAACGUAAUUGGUUCGUAAGAUCUCGUCACUUUUAUCCGAUUGAGUUCAAUUGAACAUUGUACAAAUGUCGUUGAGGCACUUCAGAGAAAUUAUUGUACUUAAACUUACGAAAGAUGGCGCACGACUGCCUUUAACAAUUAGAAGUUUUUCAUUUUACGGUCAUCACUGUGGAGCGUGGCUUCAAAAGCUUAGUAUCAAUUUUAAUAAUCGAUAUUUAAUUAAUACAAAACUGCUCUGAACUAUGAUUAAUAACAACGAACAAUUUGUAGUAUUUUCUUUAUAGCAGUCAAGUGCUCUGUAUUCCGACCGUGGAAUAGACUAUAGAUUGGAGUUGCCAGCGUAGAAAAACUAUUUUGUGGGACAAUUGCCAAUAUUUAUAUUAAAGGCUGGCAUUUCUACACUUAAAAAAAUACUGCAAAAUCUUGAAUUUUUGUACUAGUGUUUCAGAGUAGAUUAUUUCUUUUUUAAUAUCCCAAAUCGUAUGCGAUGAUUUUUGGACUAUACUGCCAACAUUAAAAACUUAUUGAUAAUAUUGACUGGGACCGUUAUAUUCGUUCAUCACAAAUCCUACAAAAAUCACACGAAUAAUAAUAGCUUAGAAACUUUGUUGUUUGUUUAAAUUUUACGUAUGUUUGUGCUUAUGCUAUUACACAAUUGCACUCUUAUUUAUAUACAUAUUAAACGCGAUAUAGUUUCGUAAUAUUUGAUUGAAACAGAUUAUAUUUCAGUUGUUAAAUUUUGUAGGACGUAUUUUCUAAAAAGAUUAGGAAAUAACAUUAUUAAACCAGUGUACGUGUGGGAAAGUGUGUACUCAUUUAAAACCAAAGUAUUUUAUUCGUUUUGUUGUUAAGUAUUAUUCAUUAUGAUGACUUUAUAUUAAGAAAAGGAACGUUAUUUUGUUGAAAUUGUUUUCGAGUAUUAUUAUUAAAGUUCCAUAUUAAAUUAUGCUAUGAGUGGUAGUAUGGGUUCGUUUCUAAUAUUUUUAAAAUUUAGAAUAAAAAAUAUUACAUAUUGCGAGGCGGAUAAUUAUGUUCAAAAGGUAACCCGUCAAUCUUAGCAACGGCCAAUAGGGAUGUUGACCCAUUUAAAAAAAUCCAUCAUAGAUAUAUUUUCUAGAAUAUUAUGAAACCACCUGUGAAAUGGCUAAGUUGGGAACCCUAUAAUAUGUUGAAAGAGGUUAUUGUCAACAAAAUAGAAUCACAAAUUGCUUUUAACGUCAACGACAGUAUGUCGCGGAGGUGCGAAAGAGAUAGAAAUGUUUCUACUUCGCACACACACUUACGAUUAGUGUCAAUGCUUUUAUACAAAACGGUUUCUUUUUAAUUGUAGAUAUAAUUUUGUUGUGUAUAAAACAAACAGGGAACACUCUCAUUACCAAUAAGUUAUUGUUGUAAUCAAAGAAUAUUAUUUUUUACCUUUUGAACUGACCCUCCUCAUUCGACUAUAUUUUUUUUCAUAUUUACAUGUAAUAUUAUGUACGUUUGAAUGUGUUAAUGAAUGUAUUCAUUGUGACGUCACUAGCAAAAAUUAAUGCUAAAUGUUAAGUUUUGACACCUCGAUCUAUUAAUUGUGGAAAUAUGAAGCUUCCAAAUAAAUUGUUGAAUUAAAAA